GACUCAACUAGAAGUACCUCCAGUAAGAAAGCGUGGCCCCCCCCCACCGGCCUGUCGUCAUGACGACCACCCCCGCUGCCCACUGAGAUCCACCACCCGAGUGAUUCAACUCCCCCCUCCCCACCCCUGAGGGAAGCUCCAUCGUCCGUCCGUCCCCCCGCCAGCCUGAUGGCCAGGCCAGGAAAUUUGAGGGCAGCCGCGGCACGACUGCGGGCCCCCCUCCUCCCCCCCACCACGGUGUCCAGGCUGCUGCUCCUGCUGCUGCUGGUGCAGAGCUCCGCGGCAGAGACCCCCGCCGGCUGGGAGGACGUCAUCGAGGACCCGCUGGAGGACUCGGAGGCCGACGGCACCCUCAGACCCCUGACGACGCUGGAGGCGUUGUCGCCGGGCGGCUCCAGGUUGACCCCCCAGAAGUCCUGGCUGAUCUUCAGGAGGAACUCCAACAAAGGGGAUAACCGCAGGACCCGGCUCCACAAGAGGCCCUCCAAGCAUGGACUUCCGGGCCCCCCUGGACCUCCAGGGCCUCAAGGGCCGCCGGGCCCCCCACCCUCCCCAGUGAUCCACAACACUGAGGAGCUCCAGCUCAAACUCAGAGAGCUGGCCAGUUCAGUCUGUGUGCUGUGUGAGCAGCGCCCCCGUGUGGCCACCUCCUUCCACAGCCGCCUGCAGCAGCCUCUGAGCAUCACCCGCCGCAGCCUGUAUGAGCUGCUGCCCUUCACCACGCCGUCCACCUCCGAGCAGCCGCUCCAGCGCGGACCGGGCUUCAACAGCAGCACGGGCCGCUACAGCGCCCCCCUGGCGGGCUUCUACCAGCUCACCGCCAGCCUCCUGAUAGAGUCCAGUGAGAGAGGCACAACCCAAAGACCCAGAGACAGUGUGAAAGCAUCCAUCUGCAUCGACUCUCUCUGUCAGACCAACGUGUCAGUGGAAUCUGUUAUGGGUGUGAGGAGUGGGGGAGGUGUUUUCAGUAUUUUACUGACAGGAACCCUCUAUCUACAGGCAGGAGAGUAUGUGUCUGUUUUCGUGGACAACGCCACCGGUUCAGCCAUCAGCGUUCUGACAGACUCCCUGUUCUCUGGGAUACUGCUGGGAGUGUGAUCACACUAACACAUGGAAAUACGCACACAUACACACAAACACAGAAACAAAAACACACACACAGAAACAGAAACACACGCGUGCAAAGAAACGCACACACACACACGCACACAAAGUAAAAAGACACCUACGAAGAAUACGCUGACAUUCCUUGGUGAACACAACGCUGUCGUCAUGGAAACACCAUCACAUCCAUGAAUCAAACAGACACACACACACACACACACACACACACACACACACACACACACACACACACACACACACACACACACACACACACACACACACACACACACACACACACACACACACACACACACAGAACAUCCAACAUCAAUGUUACAGUACUGACGAACUUCUGAUAGAGAACACUGUUCUCUGGAAGACCACAGCAGCCUAACCGGGCUAAACGACCAAUCAGCACUCAGAGGAAGCCAAAUCCAACCGUGCUGAUUGGACUAUGAGUGUGUGAUGUCACAGAGCGUAUACGGGAUAAUGUGUGACACGUAAGAAAAUUUGUUCAAGCGGCCAUGGCCUCUCAUUCGCUGUUCCUUCCGAUGACAUCAUGUAUUUUAAAAGUAUUUAUUCCUGUUUGGACGUUUUUAAUAAAGUUUUUUUAUUUAAUUAAAGAAUAUUU